UAUAGAGCAUAUAAAACAGAUGUUCCUGAGCUACUUAACUUUUGCAAGAAUAUUCUGCAAGUGCUCUGCAUAGUUGGAAACAACUUACCGCUCUCAUUUGGAGCAAAAUAGUUGACUUAUCUAAGAUAAGUUGAAAAUCAGCAAUCAUGUUCGUAAAUUUCAAUCAUAUAACCUACAUGCCCUAUCUACGCACUUAUCGAUUCUUGUGUACACAUGUAUGAAAAGAGCUUGCCGGGUUUUCCUACUAGCCGUAAAAUUGCCGGGCCAAGUUCAGUUUGCAAUUGAGAACGGAGGAGAAUGUCGAACAGAAUUCUGGUAACGCAGCUAUCCCAAGAUGUGUCUUUGCCGACUUGGCUGGAUGUGAAGGAUUUGGAGAGCUUAGUGAAGCAGGAUAUUCCGGAGUUUAGAAAAAUCGAGAGUUUUCGUUGCAAGUGGGAAGUUCAAUUAGCACAACCAGCACUCUGUGUUCAACUUCAGGUUUUGGUGGCAGAUAACAAAAAACGCCUAGUGAGUUACCUAGUCAAAUCACCAGAAUCACUUUCGGUUGGUUUGAAGGUACCGAUCAAAGGAGAUUUUUCUGUGGAGAGUCACAUUUACGAGAUCGUAUUACCUGCUGUAGAAGACUUGUAUAAAAAUGAAGGGAAGAUCCUUCACUUCAGCCCGCCAAUCAUCAAGGCAAAACAAAAAUCCAACCACCUCUAUUUGGAGUAUAUCCUAAACAAGGGUUAUUCGGUGGCGAAUAGCCUGAAAGGUUUGUCCGUAACCGCAAUGGAAGGAGUACUUUCGAAACUGGCUGCUUAUCAUGCCGGGACAGCUACCUAUAUAGCGCUGAAUUCCGGAAAGAUUAGGGAGCUUCCAAAGCUUGGGGGGUAUCCGAAGUCCGCGGAAGAGGUUGCUGAACUCAAGAGCUUGUACCAAUUGCGAUUUCACGAGAGUCUGCGAUCAAACAACGCCGGAGAGUAUGAAGAUAAGGUGAAAUCAUUUCAAAAGUAUGUGAAUGCAAAUACCAACACUCUGGAUUUGAAAACAUCCUUCAAUGUCAUCCUAAAUGGAGCCUGUUGGCCAAACAAUGUACUCAUCCAAGUCGAUGCAUUUGGGAAUGUGAAGGAUUCGCUUUUCAGUGAUUUUCACGCUGCAAAAUACGGACCAGCUGUUUAUGAUCUUUUCAGUUUACUGCUCACUGCCCCGGCUGAAAAAUCAAGAAGAUUUGAUUACUUCGUUAAGUAUUAUCACGAUCAGCUGGUCGAAAAUCUGAACCUACUAAAAUUCAAGGGAAAGAAGCCCAGCCUUACGGAUCUUCAACUGGAUUUACUUAAAUACGGCCAUUGGGCUUUUGAGUUUGCCACUGAAAUUCUGCCAAUCAUGCUCUCCGAUUUUUCAAGCAUUGAAGACACAGAUGAGCUCUUCAAGAAUCCAGUGUUUGGAGAACAAAUCAGAGAACUUCUGCCCUGGCUGGAGAAUCGCGGAUACUUCGAAAAAGAUUAGACUAGUCAAUUACUGAUUACUGUAUAAUGAAAACAAAUUAAUAAACAAAUAAAUGUUUAUUUAUGUUAAUUA